GACAGUUUACAACCUAGCGCUGGUUAGAAUUUAGCAUGACAUGUACAGGCUGCAUGUGAGUGAAAGUUGGCACACAUGCAUGUUAUUUUUUUCACACAUACUGGGGCAAUGAUUGUUAUCUUUUUUGCACACAGCUCAGGUACUGUGACAGGUCACAGAUUGCUGCCUGUGGACAAUAAUAAGCACUCAAUGUCUCGUCGUGCAGCGUGUUCGAGUUCGCUGACAUGGCCCCCUCCAUGGAGGACAGUGUUGCACUGGCAAUUGGUUUUCUGGCUCUGCUUGCAAUCGCCAGACGAACCAACAGAAAGAACCUACCUCCCGGUCCUACUCCAAUUCCCUUUCUCGGGAAUUUAUUUGAUAUCAAAGUUGAUGCACCUUGGAUUUCAUACACCGAGAUGCAGGAGACCUAUGGUGAUAUCAUAUACACCCGCGCCUUAAACAUGGAGAUCAUAGUUUUAAAUUCCGAGGAAGUUGCAAAUGAAUUGCUUGAAAAACGAUCUCGGGUCUACUCUGACCGACCAUACAUAGCUACGACCGACCUCUUCGGUUGGGAAUGGGCGACAUCGUUAGCAAGAUACGGUGCGAGAUUCAGAAUUCAUAGGCGCCUUUACCAUCAAGUCUUUCGAUCUGAAGUAGCUUUAACCUACCGCCCGAGGCAAUUACAGAAAGCAUAUGAAAUGCUCAAGUUCAUUCUUCAUGAUCCUUCACAUUAUGCUGGUCACUUCGAAGUGUUUGCCGCAUCAGUCGUAAUGUCAGUUGUAUACGACUACAACAUUACAUCGCACGAUGAUGUCGUCCACAAUGCGGUGAAGCGUGCAUCGGACUUGAUCUUAAGGGUCGCAACACCCGAAAAGGCUGCUGUGUUCGGUGCAUUUCCGCUUUUGAAGAAGUUGCCUUCGUGGGUACCUGGCCUGGGUCUGAAAGACGCACUUCUAUCGAAGCAGUAUGUUAAGGAUAUGUUAAACACCCCAUAUAACCACGUCCGCCACAACAUGGCAAAUGGAUCUGCGCAGACAUCCAUGGUUUCUGACGCGCUGAGAAGGUAUCAUGUGUUAGAAGACGCGGACAAUCCGGAGAUGGUGAUGGAGAUCAAAGCCUCAGCUGCCACUGCUUACGCUGGGUCUGUCGAGACCACUGUCUCUUCUCUGUUCAUAUUCAUGCUGGCGAUGGUUAACAACCCGGAAGUCCAAGAACGUGCCCAAGCAGAAAUUGAUCAGGUUGUCGGAUUUGAUCGUCUCCCUAACUUCGAUGACCUCCCGACCCUCCCGUACGUCGGGGCACUGAUAAGGGAAGUGAAAAGAUGGCAUCCUGUUACACCAAUGGCCAUCCCUCAUUCGAAUACGGAAGACGACUUCUACAGAGGUUACUUCAUUCCAAAAGGAGCGGUAAUCACACCUAAUGUCUGGGCCAUGGCCCACAAUCCGAAGAAGUAUCCUGACCCAGAAUCCUUCCUUCCCGAUCGCUUUUUGAAUCCUGACGGCACAUUGAACGAUGAUACACUCCCAUGGAUAUUUGGCUUUGGUCGCAGGCGCUGUCCUGGCAGUCACGUUGCGGAUGCGUCGCUUUGGGCUGCAAUUGCAUGCAUAUUAGCCACCUUCACCAUCCAGAAACCUAUCGGACAAGAACCACGAAUCAAAUGGGCAUCAGGGAUUACUUCGUAUCCCCUUCCCUUCCCAUGUCGAUUUGUACCCAGGAAAGCUCACGACAUGCAAGGAUUAACAAGCCUAAUUCAGAGAAGCUCUCCGUAAAGCAAAUGUACUACUUCGCAGGGGCUUUUAAUUUUGUACCGGGAUAGUCACAGACCAACUCAAGCUUGAGACAUUGA